AUGGAAACCGUACCUGCUGUUAAUAAUAAUUGGAGAAAUCCAUACGAAAGGGAUUCAAAUCCAGCUCUUAAAAAUGAAAUAGUUUCAAAGGAAAGCGGUGUGGAUAAUAUUCUGGAUUACAGCAAAGUAAAAUCUGGAGAUUCGAGGAAUCCGGAAAUUGAAGAAAAAGGUGGAAAUAAAUUAUGGGCAAUAAAAUCGUAUUUAACGGAAAAUGCGAAAAAUUUGCAAGGAAGUAACUCGUUAAGCAGAGCUUUAAAUAAAAAAGAUUCUUUAGCUUCUUCGCAAAUGACAAGCGCUUUGUCCAAAGAUGAAAAAAAUAUCGAUAAAAAAGAAAUUAUUCCUCAUUCCGGGACAUCCGAAUCAAAAUUAAACAAAGAUGGAGUCGGUGAUAAUUCGGAAAGGCAGGUGACACGUGGAGACUCCAAUAUCAGAACCUUAAACCUCGAUGGUCAUUCCCUCCAAUUACUUUUGAAAAAUUCAAAUCUCAAUUCGCUCGGAUCAAAAUCGAUCAUAGCCCUCACUCCUGAAAUCUCAGAGAAAACAAAAAAUGAUAAUCAAAUGAUUAGUUCUCAAAAACAAAGUCCAAGUAAAUUGGGUAAUUCAUACCUGUAUAAAUAUUCUUCUCUCGGUGAUACAGUUCAAUUUAAGGAUAAAAAUAAUAAAGAGGAAAAUUCUGAUGUUUCUUCAAAGUCACCCUACGUCAUUAUUCUUGGACAAAUUUCACCCGACAUGAAAGAUACCCUAAUGAAAUACAAAGGAAGUUUAUUAAUGGAUUUAAUUAAACAAUCUCAAUUACAAGGUACCGGAACGGAGAAUCAGGAUAAAUUAUCGGAAAAAAAAAACAGAGGUUUAAAUCAAAUUUUUAUUGUGCCAAUAGAUGUAAAAGGUAAUCAACAAAACCUUAUGAAAGGUUACCAUUUUACCGAACAAGAACACGAAGGUGGCCACGGUUCGAACAUUGAGAGAGAUCAGGAAACCGAAGAAGAACAACAAUCACGUUUAGCAGACAAGAGUAAUUUGUAUAAAAACAACAAAGAUAAUCCUUCGGAAUUUAUUAUAUCUUGGAAUGAUAAAAAUAGAAAAAUAGUCAAAAGAAGUAAAAGAGAUCGUGACAAGGAAGUUAUGGAAAAUCAAAAAGUCAAAGUCGUCAGAUUAGCUCCAUUGAAAGAAUCCGUUUUAGACAGUUUGUUUAGUAAAUCUAAUGAAGAUUCCCGUUCUGGAUCAUUGAGAUCACUCUCGUCAUCAGACCAUAAUCCGUCGCAUAAUAACGCUAUACAAUCUUCUGCUUUGUCAUCUUUAGCUUCCAGUUCUGCAAAAACGGUUGAUUCUCAUUCAGACGCAAAUAUUGAUGAAAGUAAUAUUAAAGGGGAUUCAAAUCCACAAGUCAGUGGAAAAGACGUUAAAGAUCAAGAAUUACCAUUUUUAAGCAAUGCUAAUUUACGGUGUAAUCCUUUGAUCGGAUCAAAAAAGAAAGGAGCCAUUUUAUAUUCCGAUGAAGACAAAAAAAAUGAUAACGAUAAUGAAAGAUCCAAAUCAGAUGAUUGCAAUAAAAAAAUUAUUUUGACACCCUGCACUCCAAAAUGUCCGUGUCCGUGUCCGUGUCCUCUACCAUGUCCUUGUCCCAUAACAUGUGCUAUACCUUGUAGUCCGUGUAAUAUUCCUAAUACAAGUACAAGCCCUUCUCCCACUUCUUCUCCUAUCACCACUACUACUUGCGCUGAGGAGUCAACUAAACCCACCACUAACUCUUCUUGCUCUUACCCGGAUCUUUGUAAAAAACCUUGCGAAUGUUCGUUGGUGAACUGCCAAUUUAAAAUAACGAAAGCGAAAAAACCCCAGGAAAGGCUCACGAUAAUGAUUUACGAUAGAAUAAAUUCUCCGGCCGAACUUCCAGAGCCCUACGAUGCUUUAUCCGUUAUCAGUGAAAUUCUCCAAAGAAUACAAAAUUGUCCGUGCAAAGCAAACAAUCCGUUAACGGAAGAAGAUCCGGAUUAUCCAUCAAACGAUAACAUCGAUCAAUUGAAAGAAAGUCCAAAUCAAUCAAAUGAUCCGAAUAAAUUAAAAGCUCAAGGAUUAAAUGGUAAUUCUCCUAAUCUCGGUAACGAAAAUUCCGAAGAAGAUGAAACAGAUGAUAAUGGAUUAAACGGUCAAAACGAUUCAAAUUCUCCCGAUCAAGACAAGUACCAACCGAAAGAAAAAGCAACUCCUGCUGUCGAUCAAUUAACCGUUUUCAACAAAGACAAAUUCAAACCUGUAUUCAUUGAUCUCCUUUAUGACGAAGAACGAAAAGAACUUUGGUUCAAAUCGACGAUAAUAAUAAUAAUGGUGGCCGCCUAUUCUCCGUGUUGUGUUGUGGGGUAUGUUGAUCAAAAAAUCCGAACCGGAGGAUAUGAAUAA